AUGGAAGAGGUGAAACAAAAAAUCGGCGGAACUCCUGAAUGGUCUUACGAAAGCAGACUUCCAGCACUGCCUCGAGCAAUGGAAGAAACGAAUGAAACGGUGUGUGAAGAGGUUAGGUUAGGUGAGGUUAUUGAAGGGGAACAUUUGGUUGUGGAAUAA